AGAUAAGCCAUCAAUAUAUAAUGCUUCCGACAUACGCACUUUACGCUUAGUUUGCAGUUUAAUUGUUUCAAUACAUUACCUGGAUAAGGAAGAACUGGAAGGACCACCAGAAAGUACACAACGAUGCGAUCGAUUAUUCUGAUCACCCUUUUGGCGGUGAUUACGGUAGCAUUCGCUGCCGUUCCACGCAGAUUACCGAACGCACAAGCCAGCCGGCAGCUUGUUCAGCAACUGUUUACAAGACAAUUCGUGGGAGCAAAGAAACACGCCGCAACAAGCCCCAGUUCCGAUUCAACUCCACGACAAAUUUCCGAACAUUUCUUCACCACAAGCGUAGACCAUUUUCACGCGCAAAAUACCGAGCAAUGGACGCUGCGGUAUAUCGCUUCAACAGAAAAUUACCUACCAGGUGGCCCAAUUUUGAUUUUUCUUGGAGGGAUCAGACCUAUCGUACCGGAGAUGAUUGAUGAGACAACGCUGAUCUACGAAAUGGCCCAGCAAUGGAACGGCGCACUGUUUGCCUUUGAAUCGCGGUUCUACGGACAAAGUCGAGUCACUGAAGAUUUGAGCACCGAAAACCUAAGCCUACUGAGUACAGACCAAAUAUUGGCAGAUUUAGCUGAAUUCGUGACUUACGUGAAGCGUGAGCAUAUCGAAGAUGAAACGGCUAGGGUUCUGGUAGCUGGGACUGAGUUUGGAGGAUCGUUGGCUACCUGGUUCCGGGUUCGGUAUCCACACUUAGGAAACGCUGCGUGGGCUUCCAGUGCCUUUACGACUGCCGUGCUUAAUUUCCAAGAUUUCUCAGAAGCCUGGGGAGAUACGUUGAUCGAACACGGUAGUCAGGAAUGUUACAAUGAGAUCUUCGUGGCAUUCCAUGUUUUGCAGAACAUGAUCGAUUUGGGACGGGCUGAUUUGAUGUACGAGAAGUUCAACAUUUGUACACCAAUCGAUCCGGAAGAUACGCACCAAAUUCAGCAUUUCUUCGCUGUCUUGAUGGCAACGGUUGAACUGGUCACAAUUUACACUAAUAAUGUGGCCGGUUUUGCCCAAGUCUGCCAGGAUAUUACUGGAGCUGAUGCGGAAACUGCCGUAGAUGCAUUCGCGAGCUGGUUUAACUCAAUAUGGACGGGUGAGGUCGGCUGUGCAAUCACAGAUUUAGCAGGAGCCGUCGAAAUACUUCAAGACCCAAGUUGGGAGACCGAGUAUAGCGAAUACGGGAUCCGCCAAAGCGUCUAUCUAGAGUGCACGGAGUUCGGUUGGUUCAUCACAACAGAUUCACCUUUCCAGCCAUUCGGCGACCGUGUUACGAUUGAUUAUUUCAUCAACUUGUGCCGUGCAGUAUUUGGUGAUUGGAUCACCGAGGAAUCGAUUCAGAGAGGCAUUGAUCGUGCGAAUAACCGAUUUGGUGGAGACACUCCAGGCUCUAGUUUAACUCACUUCACCAACGGCGGUGCUGAUCCGUGGAGAAUGAUAAGCAUCACCCGUAAUAUUACGCUCGAUGCACAAGCCGAUGUGAUUCGCAACCAGAUGGGAGGUUCCGAUCUGCCUGCCAUGUCCCCGGAUGAUCCUGAAGAUCUGCUGGAGGUCAAGCAACGUUUGAAGCUGAAGCUUGCCAGCUAUUUGUUUCCGUUCAGUCCGCUAGAGAGUCCAUGAAAAAGCUGAUCAUAAAAAGGUUGGAA